ACAGUUUCCAUGCUUGCUGAAGACAACGAAGACAUACAAUCCACUGACAGUUCUUCCAACAGCACCAACGCAAAAAUGCUCAAAUCAAGAACUACAUCAUCCUCAACUUAUCGGACCUCAUCCUCUUCAGUCCCUAAACCUUCAUCCAAACCUCUAAUGUCUCGUUCUUUAAGAGGCGAAUUCAGAAAGGAGAACACAAAGCCUCAAGUUCAACCAAAUAAAAUCCCUCGAAGCAAAAGCACGAGUUCAGGCACCAACAACUCGUCAUCUUCAUUGAGAAAAAGCUCGGUUGCUCCUCUUACACCAAUAAAGACUACUAAGGAGCAAAUUGGGCGAAAUUCAAGGAUCGAUCAGCAACUAGACUCUCCUACUGAAAGUACAUCUUCUACUCGAGCGAGAAAGAAAUGGGGUAUCGUCGAGAAACCUGUACUUGUUCCUGAUGGAUCAGGUACAAAAGGGUUGAAGAGGUUUCUGCACUUUGGGAAGAAGAGUAGAGAAGCUUAUCGGGUAUUGGGUGCGGAUUAUGAUACUGAAGUUGGUUGUGGUCUGGUAUCGGAGCAAACAAGGGGUUUGAACGUGGAUUGCGCAUUUGAUGCUUAUGAUGGUUUCAGUUACAGUGAGGGAAUGAGCAUGCCUGAACAAGUUCAAACCCCACGAAGAAGACCGAUACCUACUCCCGCACAGUCCAAGUUGAGGAAGGAUCAUUUAUCAGAAAUCUCCCCUAGAUCACCUCGGUCUUUCUUUUCUCUCUCAACUUUUCGAAACAAGGGAAUUGAAUCCAGGCUUAGGUGAAAAAGAAUGAAGUCUCACUGUCAAUCUCACUAGAAUGCUAGCAUAUGGAAUUCUUAUGACAAUGUUAGAAAUCUGAUGUACCUCUAGGAUUUGUAUAGCUUUUGUAAUGCAGAAUUAUUAUGCCGGUUUUUAUAGCUUUUGUAAUACAGAAUUAUUUUGCCACUUUACUAGUUAGA